AAUCUGUAGACUUGUAAUCGAGAAACUUUGUUUUUAAAAAGUAUAUCCAGAUUCUAACCUCUUGUUUUGAACUGUUAUAUUAUAUCAUCAGUCUGUAUGGAAAUGCAUGCUCUGUGAAGGAACAAAAUUACUGGUUUAAGGCCAUUUUGGAUUAUUUAUAACGUAAGUCUUCUAAAGAAAUAAUGUUUGAUACCAUAUAUCACAGAAAAAUACCGUUAAAGAAAAUAGAUGAAAGGUUACAGAACCCACAGGCUGACAAUAAACAGUCCAAACCCUGGACUGGAUCACUGGUUGAUACUGUGUAUUCUUUAAGGGACCAAGUUAAAGCACUAGAAAUGGAUCAGAAGAAGAUGAAGAAAGAUUUGGAAGAUGAAACAAAAGCUCGAAAAUCUCUGGAAAACCUCAUCAAAAAGUUUAUGAAGAAUCAGCAGUCAAUGAAUUUAGUAAAUAAAGACAAAGAAAUGGAGGAGAAUCACACCUGAUAGUUAAUUCUGUAUAUCCAAUGUCGUUAGGUCAUUAUCGGUACUUUGCUAGAUUAUCAUCUAAUUUUUUUCUUCAAAAAAAUGGGUGGGUGGGGAUGAAAGAUUUUUCUUUUCUCUCUGAUAAUUGAUCACAUUCUGUGUAAAAAAAGGCAGAAAACGAGGACAUGAAAUUAAUGAAGAAAUAUGUAUGGUGCGCAAUAGUGUUUAAUAUAAUAGUGUUUAAUAUGUUUGUCAAUUUAAUUUCGGUAACAAAACAGCAACAGCAAUUAUUGAAAGAGAAAUAUUAUCAUUCUUUAAGAUUGUUUAUUAAGGUAAUGUACCCGUAAUGACAAACUGCGGUAAGAUUUCAUAUACUUAAUAUCAGUUAUUUUAGCAUUCUUGGGUUUUAAAUAUAGUUAAUAGGAGUAAUAGUUCCUGCAACAGCCAAAGAAUGCCAAAAGCACUCAGAAGAGAGAAAACGUAAUCAAACAAAGAAAUGAGCCGUGCCAUGAGAAAACCAACAUAGUGGGUAUGCGACCAGCAAGGAUCCAGACCAGCCUGCGCAUCCGCGCAGUCUGGUCAGGAUCCAUGCUGUUCGCUUUCAAAGCCUAUAGCAAUUAGAGAAACUGUUAGCGAACAGCAUGGAGCCUGACCAGAC